AUGUUUGUGAUUCCAACACCAACUCCUGUGGCCAGAGAUGUUUCCCUUCCUUUGGCAUCUCUGCCACCAACUAUCAGCAUCACCCACAAAUGUGUGGUUUCCCUGGCUGCUCAGGUUGCUGCCAUGCAAAUCACUGACCAGAAUACCCUUGCCAGGGUUGAUGUGGUGGAACAGGACUACAAAACCUGUAUCUCCUUAAUGUGUGCAGAGCUUUCCUUCAUGCAGCUUGAUCUCAGCGCCACCUUCACACUCGUUAAUGGCCUGGUCAGCCUAGUGGAGAAGCUUUGGCAGGCACAUACCGUUGCCAACCCAUUGUUCCCAUCACUGAUGAUCAGCAACUUUGGUGCUACCUUGGCCGCCACACAGGUGCAAGCAUUGGGCAUGAGGUACUUGAACAGUAUGUACAGCCCUUUGGUUGGUACCUUGGCAUCUGCUGCAGGCCCUUCAGCAUCUUGCCCUUUUGGUCACCCUGACAUGUGGGGCAACACAUUCACAUCUGGCCAAGCAUCCUUGGUGUCAGCACAUGCCAGUCCUUCAUCCACUCCUGCUGUAGUUGGACCAAAUUAUGCUGGAAAAUCACCUGCUUCAGCUGCACAGUCUCUCCCCUGA